UAUUUAAUAAAUUCUUUUGAAGUAUUUCUUUCUCGAUCAAUUUUUUGUGGGGACUUGGAUGGAUAUUUUUAUUUUGAAGAAAUUUUACGCUUUUUUCUUCCCUCGCUGAUUUUCUUUAUUUUUUCUCCCUUUGUGUCCACUUUUAUUGUCCACAAAAACCUUAACACUACACAUUUAUUUAUUUAAAAAUUAAAGAAAAAAUAAUUCUUUUAUAUUUUUAUAUAAAAAAAUGCCUUUGGAUCUAGUCAAACCAGAUAAUGAGCAAUUAAUUCCAGAAUUAUUGGCCGCUCUUAAACCAAAAAGUUGUAAAUUAGUUCCAGCACCCGAUUUAAAUUCGGCGUCUUUUAAUUUAGAAACAGCUCGGUUUGGACAGCAAAUUUAUAUUAUGUCAGAUUCUUUUAAUUUUGAAGAAGCAAAAAAACAAUUAACAGGAAAUGUUCAAUUACUUACAACUAAAGAUGGUUAUCAUAUUUUUACUGAUGGUAGACCAGCAAUAGAAGUAAUAUAUCUUUGUUUAAUUGAUAUAAUUGAAUGGAAAUUACCUGUAAAAUUAUUAUUAAAUAAACUUCUUGGAAAUGAAAAUUGGGAAAUGGUUUAUGCUGAAAAAUGUUCCUCAUCUUUUUCUGAAUGUAAAAGUCCAGCAACUACAGAUUUUGGACUUUUAAGAGUGCAAAAAUUGGAAGAAAAUAUUAAUGAUGAUGAGAAAGAAUUAAAAAAUAAAGAGAAAAAGCAAGUUGAGGUUUGGUUAACUCCAGUAAAUCAAUGUAUUCCUAAAAAAGUAAAGAAAAAAGUUUUACGUAAAGUUCCAAAAAAGUCAGUCAAGAAUGGAUUAAUUAUACAAAAUGAUUUAAAAAAUAAUUACGAAAGUAAUAGUAGUGAAAGUAGAGAACAAACACCUUCACAAACAACUACUAGUGAAGAAAUAUCAAUCUCUAAUAAUGGAAAUAAAAAUGAAAUAAAUGGAGAUUCAAAAUUUUCAAUUCAAAAUGGAAAAACAGAAAAUUUAACUAAUGGAACUGUUGGCCGUAUAGCUAAUAAAUUUAAUGGAAUGGCUAGUGGAGAACAACAAAAAAAUAAUAUUUCAAAUAAUUUAAAUAAUUAUUCAUCUUCUUCCUCAAUUAAUCAGCGUUCUAGAAGUCAUUCUUUGGAAGAAAAAGAACAAAAUGAAAAUGUUAAAUCAAAUUCGUCUGCUGAAAAUAGGCGUUAUAGCAAUCCAACAAAUAUAUUAAAUGAGGAUUAUUCAGAACAAAAAUUGGCAGAUAAUCAUCAACAACAACCAAUUUAUCUUGAAAUUCCUGUUCAAUUAAGUUUAUCUCCUACACAAACAAAAGAAAAUGAAAAUAAUAAUCACAAUAAUUUAUCUGAAAAUAUUUUGACAAAUAAUGAAGAUGAUCCUUCUCAUCGCCGUGCUUCCUUAACUGAAUCACCACCACCUCGCUCUACCGCAGAUAGUGAUUCUCCUAAUAGUUUAUCUUAUGUCUCAGCACAUGCCGAUAUAAUACAUUCUUCUAAUCGACGUCCAUGGCGAAGGGAAGACGCCCCAUCGCCUUCAACAUCCCUUAUAUUACAAAAUGCUAGAAGAAAUGUUGCCUCUAUAACUCCUACAAAUCAAAUUAUAAAUGGCCCUAUUCAUAGACUUGUUACACCUUUAGGCAGCAAUUUAUCGCCAAUUAGCAGUUGUGGGAGUGUGGAAGGACAACAAGACUUUGAUAAAGCCAUUAAUAAUAAAAAUACAAUUAGUUGCACCGAUUCUCGUAGUUAUUACGAUGAUGAAGAAGAUGAGGAUGAAAGUACUUUAAUGUUAUUAAAUAAAGAACGUAGAGGUGCUAGUGCUGAUGAUGGAGAUGAAUUAACUAUUAUGAGUUCAAUUAGAGAAGAUCUUUCUUUACGUGAUAAUUAUCAUUCGAAUAUUACAAGAAAUCAUCAACAUUUAAAUGGAAAUAAUCGAAUAAUUAGAGGGAGACAUGGAAAACAUAAUAAUUUUAAUAAUAUUGGACAUUCACCUAGUCCUCCACUAAGAAAUUCAGCUCUAAGUCGAAGUGUUGGAAGUCGGGGAGCUUUAAGUCGUAGUCCUUCUGCUGCUGCCUCUCAUAAUCUUCAAAUGGUUCGGGGUAUGUUAGGCACUUUUAGAAUGCCUGUUCCUGCUUUACAACAAAUACUUGGAUUAUUUUCAUUUAAAGAGAUUGGAAUACUUCGACGUGUUCACCCUCAUUGGGAUGAACUUGCUGGACAAUUAUUAAAUGUAGCACAUUUUCGAUUAAUUCAAAGAGCCCAACAUUUAUUAACUGAUUGUCAACGACGAGUUACUCGAGAGCCGAGAAUGGCCCAACCAGUUAAAUUACUUACUAGAUUACAUGUUCACGCAUUAAAUCCUGUUGAUGGAAUGCGUGCUUUUAUGGAUGAAGGUGUUUUAUGUUUUCCUUAUGGUGCUUUUCUUGAUCAAGCAUUUUCUUUACUUUCUCGUAUAGAUUUAAUGAUUGAAAAUAAUUAUUUUGAUGAAGAAAAACAAGAAAAAGAAUAUAAUGAAGCAGAUAAUUUAAUGGAUAAAUUAGCAGAAAUUACAAAAAAGGCCGUUUUGCAUUACAAACAAUGGGUUGAACCUGAAGCCGAAAAAAGAAUGAGUGAACUUUAUAGAGUAUCGGCACAACAACGUUUACAAAGAAUUGACUCUUUUUUGGUUGAAAGUAGCGUUAGUAGAGUUGAAAGGGAAGCAGAAAAAAAUCGAAAUGAAAUGAGUUGGGAAAUGGAACAAUUAAAACAGCAAAAUACUCAAUUAAAAAAAGAAUCUAGAGAUUUACGGCAAUUAUGUCAACGUUUAGACCAAAGAGUUGAUGUUUUGGAAAGAAAAUUUAAAACAAUGGCUAGACUAUUACAAUAA